AUGUCACUGCCGGAGCAGGGAGGUCUCGUCAGCGCGGAACUAGCACGCGCGUUUGUGGUGGUCAACCUGGUCGUCCUCAGCCAGGUCGUCUGCGUGUUUGGUAUCGGCGCCAACAUUUUCAACAUGAUCAUCUUCAAGAGGCACGGGUUCAAAGACACCGUCAACGUUAGUCUGUUCGCGAUGGCCAUCGGCGACCUCGGGGCUCUGGUCACUCAGCAGUGGUUCAUCAUCUGUGUAAACCCCUGGUUUCAGGACUUGGACAUUCCCUUCAGCUCCACGGAGGUCCAGAGUUUGACAGCGGGGUACCCUCACCGGUAUUUCGUCAAGUCAACCGCCUGGAUCACAGCUUUUGUCACGUUUGAGCGCUGUCUGUGCGUGGUGUUACCGUUUAAAGUGAAGAGUCUCAUCACCCGCAAGGUUUCCUUUGUUUUUAAUGUGGGCGUAUACGUCUUUAUGACGCUAACAAUGAUACCCCUCUACACCACGACCUAUUUCUGCUGGAAGUUUUACCCCGCGAGGAACAGAACUCUUCUGGGGAUUACCUUCACUUCUGACAGCAAAGAAACCCUCUCCAAAUGGCUCUUUCUCUCCGACUUCGUCGUUCCUCUUAUCGCGUUCAUCAUCGUCCUCUUCUGCACCCUCAUCACCGCGGCCAAACUGAAAAGCAAAGCAAAAUGGCGGCGGAAGACGGCGGCCCCGGGGUCCUCUCUCACUUCCGGCGAGAUCUCCUCCAAAGACAGGAGAGUGGUAGUCAUGAUCGUCAUCAUCGCCGGAAUCUUCAUCCUCUGCAGCACGCCUAUCAGCGCCAUCUCCCUGGCGCGGUCCAUCGAGCCCGAGGUCAACAUCAUCGGCCGUUACGCCAACCUGAACUGGCUGUGUGCGAGCCUGGGCAUGCUGGCGGAGACGGUCAACUCCAGCAUCAACGCCCUGGUCUACUACAAGAUGAGCUCUCGCUACAGGGACACGCUAGGACAGAUGUUCUCCCCCUGCUCCUUGUGGUGGCGAAACGACAAUAAUCCGUUUUGA